AUGCAGUUCUUGCUCUGCGCCGUCAGCGAGAACCAGAACGAGGGGGAGCCCAACACCAGCGUCCAAACCGAGCAGGGACCAGCUAAAAAGGCCAAGCUCGCGACGCUCUCGGUGAUCCCCGACAAGGACCGCAAGCGCUCGUACCGACUGAGCUCUAAGCGGCGCCAGUGUCGCCUUGACAACGAAGCGCUCGCGUCUCGCACGUACAACUUGACGCUGGACGUGAACAACCUCAAGCAGCAAGUGCGCUACCUGCAGGAGUGUCGCGAUCUCUACGUGACGCGCUUGGCGGUCGCGCGGCAGCACGCGGAGGGCGAGGCCGUGGGCAUGGUGACUCGCCUCUUCCGCUUGUUCUGCCACGAAACGUGCGGCACGAACGAGGAGCAGCCGGACGACCGCCAGCUCUUCUUGUCGCGCGUGCACGCCCGCCUGACCGACGCGUCCGCGGGCGGUCGUGACGGCAUCCCGCUCUUCAUGCAGACGUGGAGAAACUUCAAGCUGCUCUUCACGCAUCGCUCGUACACCGUCAAGUCCAUUCGACUAGUGAGUCACGUGGGGGCUCACGACUGCGAAGACCACAGCGCCUCGAUUUGCGCCUCCGACGUCGUGAUGGACGAGGCUCGGCAACGCUGCGGUCCGAGCGGUGGCUGCGUUGUCGAGUCCGCCGGAGCGUUCACUGGGCGUCUCAAGCGCGACGCAAUCGCUGCCAUUUACCCCAAACUUCUGCAGGACGAGGAGCUGGUGACGCGCCUUAUCGGACGCAAGUUUUCGUGCUCGCUGCGCCUGAAGGCCUACUUCAACGCUCGCGGACAGCUCGUCGACCACGUCGCCGAGUUCGACGUACUCGGAGCACUGAACGAGGUGAUCCUCUCAACUAAUAGGUAG